CUACCAACGGACACAGAAGAGAUACGUGGCAUAUUUUCUCCAGCCGAAGAACAUUCCGUCAAUGACCAGCCUAAAGAACAGACGGAUGAGGAUGAGGUGGCAAGCAUGGAAGUAACCCACAGCCAGUUUUCUUCAUAUGUGGCAUGGUACAAACAAUAUGAGAAUUCACGGCACGGUUCUGAGGCAGUACCAGCGAUGGUCAAAAUACCUUACAGGAUGAUGUUGGAUGUUCUUUUAGAGACUCUGGGCCUUCCACCAGCUGAGUACCGAACCAGAGUAUAUGAUGGCAGCAGGGUGUGUGUGACAAUAUUGUUCCAUACACCCACAUCAUAUGUUGGGAAUGAUAGGAAUCGAAUGGCUAUUCCCGAGGUACAAUUUGUUGAUCAUUCUAUGUCAGAAGACAGUGCUGCUAUGGAAGCAAUUGGGUACAUUAAAUGCACAGUGAAGACAGAGAUAAGAGACUAUAAUUACAGCACCAUGAAGAAACUCGAGGAGGAAAAUCGGUCUCUAAAACAUGAGCUUAAUAUAGCUAGGUACAACAAGAAGAAAAUGAAGACAAAAAUCAGAUCCAUCAAGAACAAGCUAAUGAUUGCUACAUAUGAGAAGAAGCAAAAUGCUAUGGGCUGGUUCGUCUUAACAAGCACACAUGGGAUCAAGGGCCUCUACGCCAUUUGGCGCAACGGGUCAACUGGAGCAUACCCGACCCGACCCAACCAAGCAGCUGAGCAUCCGCUUCUCCUCUCUCGCUCGAUUCGAUUCGAUUCGAGUGCCCCAACCCAAACCGGCCGGCCGCCGCCGCCGCCGCCGAUCUCCUCUCCCCCAACCCUACCGGCGACCUCGUCUCCUCCAGCCCUCCACCACACCACACCGCCCUCUCCUCCUCCCGACUCCUUCUCUUCUCUCCCCUUCCCUUCCCUUCCCAGGGAGAGGGAGGGAUGCCCCAGAUCCACCUCCGCAGCAGCUCGGGCCGCGGCAACCACGCGCCGGCAGAGGACGACUACUCCCACCGCCACCGCGUCCUCCGCCUUCCAACCCCAUGGCCGCCCGCCCCGUCCAACCUCCAUGGCUGUCCCGAAACCCUAGCCCGUGGCCAUGGCGCCCGAGCUCACUAUCCUUCUCCGACAAGCAGACCAGCAGGUGCGGCGCAAGGCCGAGCACGCCGAUCGAUGCAGCGCACAUCAGCAGGACCACGACGCCAUGAGGGUGCAGGAGGUGACCACGCCAAACAGCCGGCCUUCAGGCUUCUGAGAAUUUGAUGGCUGCGACCCGCGAGGCCGAGCACGCCGAUGCAGCGCACAUCAGCAGGACCACGACGCCACGAGGGUACAGGAGGCGACAGCCGGUGUCCAGGCAGGUGAAGGUGAAGCGUUUCUCGCCAGGUUAGCAACCACUGCUAGAAGGAUCAGAAUGGUGUUCUGUACUGACCUCCAUUUUGCCACUGAAAAUCGCUAGGCCGUGCAUGAGGAGACGGUCGUCAAGGGCCUGGACGGAGAUGCUUCCUCCGUCUGCUGCUGGUAGGCCAUGGAGCUUCCGAGCCUAUCAGGAAGGAGGAAGGGCUAAGAUCUACCCUACGGGAGGAAGGAAGGAGGAAGAGGCCAUUGGCGACGGAGAAAUCCCCGUCAUCGGCUGCUCCUCCAAGUCCCAAGGGAUGGAGGAGGUCCAUCAUUAUCUACCACAACAAUGAUCAGGGGCUUGCUGAUCACAAAAGGUCAACUUGGAGCUCCUCUCUAACCUUGCAGGGGCUUGCGGACCACAAGGACCGACUUGGAGCUCCUCUCUGCCCUCGCAGGCAUUACGAUGACGAGGCCGCCGAGGCAGCGCAAAGGUUUUGGAACUGUCUGUGUGUUCUCAUGCAAGAAAGGUGGGUCAUUGUUUGUAAAAUCUUGUAUUUUAUUAUCAUUUACAGUAGCACGUUUAAGGACUGGAGAUGUAGCAGAGUGUUCAGUUUUCCUCUUGGCUUCUUAUCAUUGUCUGACAUGAUACAUACUUUGCAUGUCCUAGUCACUAGUGAGCGUGUGAUAAUGAAGUGAAUCAUCCACCUCUAUAGCUCGGUUCCGUCCA